AAGAAAAAGAGCAUAAAAGUCUCCUCUCUCUCUCUCUUUCGGUCUCACACAUAACAGUGCUGAGAAGAAUCGAUUCUCUUUCGCCUAAAGUUUCUCUCUACUAUACAUCCAUGGCGGCUCCACUUCCAGAAAAUCUCAGCCGGGAACAGUACCUUUACUUAGCCAAACUCGCCGAACAAGCCGAGCGCUAUGAAGAGAUGGUUCAGUUCAUGGACAAACUAGUCCUCAAUUUCACCCCGGCCGGUGAACUCACCGUAGAGGAACGGAAUCUCCUCUCCGUCGCUUACAAAAACGUGAUCGGCUCUCUUCGUGCCGCCUGGCGUAUUGUUUCCUCCAUUGAACAGAAGGAGGAAUCGCGGAAGAACGAAGAGCAUGUGCAUCUUGUUAAGGAGUAUAGAGGUAAAGUUGAGAAUGAACUUUCGCAGGUUUGUGCUGGUAUACUCAAGUUGCUCGAAUCAAAUCUUGUUCCGUCGGCUUCUACUAGUGAAUCGAAGGUGUUUUACCUUAAGAUGAAAGGUGAUUAUUACCGGUAUCUUGCUGAGUUUAAGGUUGGAGAUGAGAGGAAGCACGCGGCUGAAGACACUAUGAAUUCUUAUAAGGCUGCUCAGGAAAUUGCCCUGACAGAUCUGCCUCCAACACAUCCCAUAAGGCUGGGUCUUGCACUUAAUUUCUCCGUCUUCUACUUUGAGAUACUGAACUCAUCUGACAAAGCUUGCAGUAUGGCAAAACAGGCAUUUGAGGAAGCCAUCGCUGAGCUGGACACUUUAGGUGAAGAAUCAUACAAGGAUAGCACCCUCAUAAUGCAACUCCUACGAGACAAUCUCACACUUUGGACCUCAGAUGCUCAGGAUCAAUUGGAUGAAUCUUGAUUGGCAUGCUUACUCAUCGUCUCUUUUUAGGAAUGGGCUCUAAAUGUCGUUUGCUUUAUUGUGCUGACUUAUUGUAUAAGAAAAAAGACAGCUUCUCUUGACAUGUUAUGUUUGAUGUUUGACUUGUGGUGGUUUGGUACUUGGAAAUCCAGUUGUUAAAUUUGCCAUAUUUGCUGCA